AUGUCUCCUUAUCGCAUUGUAUAUGGCAAACCUUGUCAUCUACCAGUGGAACUUGAGCAUAAGGCAUAUUGGGCUAUUAAGAAGUUUAACAUGAGCCUUGAUGAGGCUGGUCUGUAUCGCAAGUUGCAAUUGUCUGAGUUGAAGGAACUGCGUAAUGAAGCUUAUGAGAGUGCUCGGAUUUACAAGGAGAAGACAAAGAUUUUUCAUGAAAAGAUGAUUCAAAGGAAAAAUUUUGAGGUUGGCCGGAAACUUCUUUUGUAUCAUUCUCGGUUACGUCUUUUUCCUGGAAAACUACGAUCAAGAUGGAUUGGCCCAUUUGAAAUUGUUGAAGUGUUUCCACACGGAGCAGUGAGCAUUAAAAAAGAUGAUGGAAAUGUGUUUAAGGUGCAUGAACAACGUCUUAAACCGUACUUGGAGGACCCUUCUAACCACGUCAAGGAGAGCGAGACUCCUAAUGAUUUGAUUAUCUCUGAUGUCUAA